AUGAUGCCUCCAAUACUAAAUUUGAACACGAGUCUUCUUUGGUUUAGUCAAGGAGAAGCGGUUGCUACAAAACUCAAAUAUAUGGCAAAUAUGGCAACAAGGGUGAAUAUGCAAACUGGCAACCAAGCAGACGCGGCACAAGACACUGGAACUACUAGUAGUCAAAAAGUGCCCACUGCCGAUCAGCUGAGUGUAAACAAAACAAAUAAAGAGAGCAUAAAUCUAAACAAUGAAUGGAAAGAGGUAAAGGAAAAGAAGAAGCCGAAAACCCCUAUAAUCAGGGGAACUGCGGAUAGUGUAAACUCUAAGUUCAAAGCCGCUGAAAAACUAGCAUGGCUAUAUGUAGGUGGCUGCAAAUGGUCUACUGAACCAAAAGAUGUCAAAGCAUAUCUAGAAGAAAAAAUACCCAAUGAAAAAUUUAAUGUAGAAGAAUUAACAAAAUAUGCUGAAAACCUCAAUACCUAUGGCAGAGUAAGAGGCGCAGUGCUGAUAUGUGAUGAAAGAAGAAGCGGAGCUUAUUACACGCCGAUUGUUACCGGGUUCUGCAGAACCAUGGUUGCCGCGUAA